UGAACGGGAGAAAGUCGGUGAUAAAUCCAUAUGUCAUACCUGAUGAGGAACAUGCAAGGCGUUAUAACCAUCCUAUGGGUUUACAUGAGGUGUGUUCUGAUGGCCGAUGAACUCCUUCCUCGUGAGCUGGAGAUUCGUUUGCGUGCUCCUCUUCCAGGCGACUGGCAGACGGUUGUGGUUCCAGAAUGUUCUCGAGUGCACGACUGCUUAAGGUUUGACGGCGAGGAGAGUGUUGAGGGUAGCAACCUCGCCGCCGUAGUCAAGACUAAGGCAGCUGGCCGCGGCAAGGGCGGUCAACAAAGGAGUCAGGGGCAGGCCGCUAAUCCAAACAAAAUAGCUGCUUGGGUUAGAGCAGGUCUGGAUCAAGAAGUGUGGCGGGACCGUUGGAGUCAUGGUGCUUGCAUUAACUGCGGUGAGUGGUCGGCAAGGGACCCUCGUGAGUCCUGGGUGGCAUUGAGUAGAGGUCCUAGAGGGGAGCACUUCGUUGUGGAAGUUGAUGUGGGUGGUGGCAAGUGCGGCGCCUUCGUAGACAUUGGCUCCACGCAAAACUUCAUAAGUCGCGGCUGCGUUGACAGACUGUGCCUAAAGGACCGGGUGCAGCGCCUUAGUAGACCGGUAGCAUCUACUUUGGCCAACAAAGAGCGCAUGAUGGUGGAGGACUACGUUAAAGAUGUGGUCUGCACCUUCUCCUACCCAGGAGGAGAGUUAAAUCAUAAGAUAUCAUUCCUGGUGAGCGACGAGUUGCCCUUUGACAUGUUGUUGGGCAUGUACUACCUCGAGGUUGCCAAGCCCCAGUUUGACUGGGACAGGAAGGUGUUGAAGCACGAGUUGCCUAGUGGGAGAACCGUGAGACUGGCCAAAUACAAAGCCAGUAGGUUAGUAGACUCCUAUGGGUGCUUAUGCGCAUCUGCCUUUUAUAACUAUUAUAAACAGAACCCAGAGGAAGGAAUGUACUUAGUCUAUGUCUCUGCAAAAGGGGAGGCCGUAAUUACACCCCCAAAGAUAGAGACCAUCGCCGCCAAGUACCCUGAUCUGUUCGAGGAGCCUACAGGAGUCGUAGACAGGGAGAUUGUCCAUGCCAUAGAGAUCAUCCCCGGUAGUAAAACACCUAAGGGAAGAAUCUAUAGGAUGGCCCCAGCCGAGUUGGACGAACUUCGGCGGCAACUGAAAGAGCUCACGGAGAAGGGUUGGAUUCGGCCUAGCACUUCCCCCUAUGGCUCACCUGUCUUAUUCGUUCCAAAGAAAGGGGGAACACUAAGGAUGUGCAUUGACUAUAGAGGCCUCAAUGCCAUCACCGUUAAGAACGCAGAGCCUCUACCACGCAUCGACGACCUAUUGGAUAGGGUGCAGGGAUUGCUGGCUCAACAGGAAGGGAAGAAGUUGAGACCGAUCGAGUACAUGAGCAAAAAGAUGCCUUCAAAGAAGUUGGCAAAGUCCACCUACGAGAGGGAACUCUACGCUCUUUACAAGGCACUUGUCCAUUGGAGGCACUAUCUGUUAGGAAGGUCUGUCAGCGGGACAAGCCGCGGACUCAAGCUCCGCUUGAGGUUACUCAAGCCUUUACCCAUUCCUGCUGGUUCGGGUCAGAGUAUCUCCAUGGACUUCAUGGACACUCUCGUGACCAGCAAGAAUGGCAAGAGGCACAUCUUCGUCAUAGUAGAUCGGUUAACUAAGUACGCUAGACUAAUCGCCAUGCCAGAAACUGCCAGGACUGAGCACGUCAUCAAGUUGUUCAUGGACAACUGGGUGCGUGACUUUGGACUUCCAAAGACUAUCGUUAGUGAUACAGAUGUGAGAUUCACAAGCGAGAUGUGGAAGAAGGCCGCUGAACAGAUGGGCAGCCAGCUUGAGAUAACUUCUGGGAAUCAUCCCGAAGCAAAUGGGCAGGCUGAACAGAUGAACCGAGUGGUGCAGCAUCUGCUGAGGCAUUACAUCAAGCCCAACCAGGAUGACUGGGAUGAGAAGUUACCUCUCAUCGCCAGUCUGUACAACAACGUUGUACACAGCACCAUCGGUGUCAGUCCUAAUCAACUACAUCUGGGAUGGAAGCCUAGAUCUGCUCUAGACUCCCUCCUGCCUGAAAACCGAACUGCUGCAACUCCUGGAACCAUUGAAUUUGGUGUCCAGUAUGAGAAACUGCUGCAGCAGACUAUCGAACACAUUAAGAAAUCUCAGGAGGUCAUGAUCGCUUCUGAGAACAAGCGUCGCCGACAGUCCACAUUUCAGGUUAGUGUGCAGCAGCCUGUUUCAGUGGCAAUGCAGCCGCUGCAGCAAGCCCCUGGGCCCAUGCAGCCUAUGCAGUGGAUGCCCAAGAUACCUCUGAUGAGUCCCAAGCCUUUCUCUGGAGAUAGAAAGAAGGAGGACUUGGACACCUGGGUGAGGACUGUGCCUACUUAUGUGAGGCACAAGCUCACAAGGCCAGAGCAAGAAGUUGUUAUGGCUGCCUCUUUUCUAGAAGGGUCAGCACCUCGCUGGUUGAAUGGUCUAGUGCAGCAACAGGGCUACAGUCAGAGUUUCGAUGCCUGGGCACAGGCUCAGACAUUGGAGCAGUUCGUACGGUCGGUCUACAACAGGUGGCAUGACCCGCAAGGGGCUCAAAAGGCCACCAAUGCUAUCAACAACCUUUGUUCCCGCAGGUUCAAGGAUGUUAGAGAGCUUACAGACACCGUAGAACGCCUUCUCGUGGUACCUGGUGUGCAUUUUAACCAGCUGGUUCUCCUGACGGAUUACCUAAGGUGCCUACCUGCAAAGAGCGAACUGGUGGAGAUGUAUUUGACCAAUGGUUCGGUUGGAGGGGGGAGCAACGCGAGCUACGGAGGAACGGGGUAUGGAUAUACCCACCAAGGGGGCCAGGGUGGCACCGGAGGGGGAUACACGAAUGGUAACAAUGCUGUGAUUAAUUCUGGCGGGGUCUGCUACAACUGCGGAAAACCAGGCCGCUAUGCGCGUGAUUGCUGGUCCAAGAGAGGACGACCGUACCAGCACAACUACGACCAACCGGAUCCCAAGUUAGAAGAAAUAAAGGAGCAUCACAGGCAGGCACGGCGGGAGAAACAAGAGUUAGAGGAGAAACGGAAGGCUGAGGAGGAAAAGAAGACCAAGGAGGAAGAGGAACUGUGGAAGAACCAGGAUUUUGCCAGGAAGAUGGAGGAGUUGCGACUGCAGUUGCGCAUGGAUCUGAACGAGGAAUGGAGACGAAGGGAGCAGGAAGCAACUGUUGCGGUAAGAGACACAAAAAACAACGUACCGUCGGCUGAUAGAAAUCGGAAAUCCAGGAACAGCAAACGAAAAGUGAUCGAUCCUACUCAGAGGCCGAAUCCGGAUCGGAUUCCACGGUAUGGACAUCCACAUCAGAGGAGGAUGACAGCAAAGGAAGAGGUCGGCGUAAGAAGGAGAAGGGAGCGCGGCGCCAAGAAGAUAGUCGGAAAGCAGACGGACAGGAAGAAGGUUGUCUCGCCGGUGGAUCUUACUCCGAGAUUCGAACGUGGUGAGUGUUCGAACCACGGAACUGUUGUACCUGAGAAAGCACAAGGGGAACAGAGACUAAACGAGGAGGACCGAGACGAGAGAGAGGAAGAACCGAGGACUCCACUCACAGGAGGAUAUAAGGUACUUUCAGCGGGAUGCUCUCAAAAGGGGCUGAUCGAGUACUGCAUUUCUGCCCAUAAGAUCUACUCGGGAAAGAGUGCGCCGGAUCUCAAGAAACUAUGCGAUAAGAAAGGCAUUCGUUAUACGAGGAAACCCGAGGUGGUCGAGCUACUGACCAGGCAGCAAGUCGAGCUGGCAUACGAAGGAAUCGAUGAGAAGGAGGAGGGAAGUGCGGGCAAGAAGGGGAAGGAGAGAGCUCCGUUCACGCCGAAAAUCGAGGUUAGGAAGGAUCGCAUUGUGCAUGAACGGAUGGUUGGAGGGCAGCCCCAAAUCAUUCUAAGAUCCGCACCUGCGCAGCCUGAAGAAGGCUCGAAUUGACGGUGUCGAGCUCCCACGAAUGCCGAGCUAUGGGAGAGACUAAACUAUUGGUUUAACCAACGCUCGAUCUUGCGGGAGCUCAACGC